AUGGCGUCACCCCCCAACCUUGCUGACACAAAAGAGGAUCCCAAGCCAGAUGAUGAGGAAAAAUCUGAGCAGAAGAAACGAAUGGACCUGUACAAUGGUCUGAUCACCGCGGGCCUGACCACCUUCGUGUGGAAGGACGGCCUUGAGAUGUUAGAUAGAUUGAACAAGAACGACGCCAGACUAACACCUUUUGCUGCAGUAUACUUUUGUGCUGCUGUUACGGCGAUGAUUCUGGGAAUGGUCGCUUGCAAGUUCCCCAUGUCAGCACCAUACUCGAUGAGCAUCGCUGGCCAUGGAGCAUUCCACGAAUUGCUGUUCAUGUUGCUGGGACUUCACUUCGACACCUAUAUCUAUCAUGCAAGUGCUUUUUUGGCUAUUGGGUGUGCUUGUGUUGGAGGUUUGCUGCUUCUUGUGUACUGGGGCUGUAGUACUGAGGAUCCCAUGGUUAUCUCCUUCUGUGUCAAGCACGCCAAAUCGGCAGGUUCAUGGAUAUGCUCAUUUAUUUGCUCCUCGUGGGGAAAGCUAGUCAACAAACUACAAAGCUAUAGGACCCGGGACCCUGCCAAUGAAACUACAAAACAGGAAGGAACCGAGAGCAUGCAGAAGCUGCUGAUUAAGGAUGGUGUGCCACCCGAUGUCUGACCUCAUAGAUCCACUUAAAGAUGCAGCGUGGGAGAUAAUUCAAACAGUGGGCAGGAGUGUUAAUACAGUUCUAGCCCGGUUUGCAGGCCGUGAGUGGGCUCAAUGAGCUCUGUAAUAGUUUUCCUCUUUUAGCUUUGUUUGGUGGCAACGUUCAGGAAGGAAUGGCAGAUCGGCCGGCUUGUAGCUGGAACACGGAACAGAGGUGUGGGUGGAUGGGUGGUUCCUCUGAUAAUAUACACUAUAGUUCGUCUUGAUUCCUUCGAUCUGGUGCUCCCAACCCUAGCUAGAUACUCUUAUCAUUGAUCUGCUGAUAUUCUUCGUCAAUAACGAUUUGAAGCAAGUGUAAGCACCCUGAUUAACUUCUAGA